UGGGUGUGUGUGUGUCAGUGUGAGAGAGAGAGAGUGUGUGUGCGAACCAGAAAGCGAGUUAAAGCCGCGAUUUAUUCGAGUUUGGUUAAAAAGAGGACUGCAUCACAAUGUGUGGGAUUUUCGCCUACCUGAACUACAGAGUCCCGCGUACGAGGAAGGAGAUCUUGGCCACGCUGGUGCAGGGACUGCAGAGGCUGGAGUACAGAGGUUACGACUCUGCAGGUGUUGCUGUGGACAGCUCUGGGAAACAGGAGAACGAAAUCUGCCUGUUUAAGAAGAAGGGAAAAGUAAAAGCACUGGAUGAGGAGCUGUACAAGAAUGACGAGAUUGACUUGGAAAGAGAACUGGACACACACUUCGGCAUCGCUCACACUCGCUGGGCGACACACGGCGAACCCAGCGCUGUCAACAGCCAUCCUCAUCGCUCUGACAAGAAAAACGAGUUUGUUGUGAUCCACAAUGGCAUCAUCACUAACUACAAAGAACUGAAGAAGUAUCUGAUCUCUAAAGGCUAUGAGUUUGAGUCAGAGACAGACACUGAGGUUAUCCCCAAGCUGAUCAAGUAUCUUUAUGACAACCGUGAGAGCAAUCAAGUGUCCUUCUCCACCCUGGUGGAGCGUGUCAUCCAGCAGCUGGAGGGGGCUUUUGCACUCGUGUUCAAAAGCGUUCACUUCCCAGGAGAGGCCGUCGUCACCAGGAGAGGAAGUCCUCUGCUCAUCGGUGUCCGAAGCCAGUACAAGCUCUCCACCGAGCAGAUCCCUAUUCAGUACAAUGAAACAAAAGAUGUUCAGAAUCAGAACUUUAUCAACACUCUGGACAGCAGCAAUGUUCUGCACUCUGUAAAUGAGAGGAUGGCUGUGGAGUUUUACUUCGCUUCCGAUGCCAGCGCCAUCAUCGAGCACACCAAUAAGGUGAUUUACCUGGAGGAUGAUGACAUAGCGGCGGUGGCGGAGGGGAAGCUGUCUGUGCACCGCCUCAACCGCAGCGCUGGAGAAGACCCUGUCCGAGUCAUCCAGACCCUGCAGAUGGAGCUACAGCAGAUUAUGAAAGGCAACUUCAAAGCAUUCAUGCAGAAGGAAAUCUUUGAGCAGCCCGAGUCGAUCUUCAACACCAUGAGAGGCCGGAUCUGCUUCGACAAAAAAACAGUGAUGCUUGGUGGUUUAAAGGAUCAUCUGAAGGAGAUCAAGAGAUGCCGGCGUCUCAUUAUAAUCGGCUGUGGCACAAGCUUCCACGCAGGAGUUGCAACAAGGCAGAUCCUGGAGGAGCUAACAGAACUGCCCGUCAUGGUUGAGCUUGCCAGCGACUUCCUCGACCGCACUACUCCUGUCUACAGGGAUGAUGUUUGCUUUUUCAUCAGUCAAUCAGGUGAGACAGCUGACACUCUGAUGGCUCUGCGCUACUGUAAGAAUAAGGGCGCUCUCACCGUGGGCAUCACCAACACAGUGGGCAGCUCCAUUUCCAGAGAGACUGACUGCGGAGUCCAUAUCAAUGCCGGGCCGGAGAUAGGUGUAGCCAGCACCAAGGCCUACACUAGUCAGUUUGUGUCUCUGAUCAUGUUUGGUCUGAUGAUGAGUGAGGACAGACUCUCCCUGCAGAAGAGGAGACUGGAGAUCAUGGAGGGCCUUCGUCGGCUACCAGAGAUGAUCAAAGAGGUUUUGGCCCUUGAUGAUCACAUCAAGAGCAUUGCCGAUGAGAUGCUUGAACAGAGGUCUCUGUUGGUUAUGGGUCGUGGCUACAACUAUGCCACCUGCCUAGAGGGGGCGCUGAAAAUUAAGGAGAUUACGUACAUGCACUCAGAAGGCAUUCUGGCUGGAGAGCUGAAGCACGGCCCCUUGGCUUUGAUUGACCACAACAUGCCUGUCAUUAUGGUGAUCAUGAGAGAUGGGUGCUACACCAAGUGUCACAACGCCCUGCAGCAGGUCACAGCCAGACAGGGCCGUCCCAUCAUCCUGUGCUGCAAGGAUGACGCAGAGAGUAAGAAGACGGCGUAUAAGACCAUCGAGCUGCCCCACACAGUAGACUGCCUGCAAGGGAUCCUUUGUGUCAUCCCCAUGCAGCUCAUGUCCUUCCACCUGGCUGUGGUCAGAGGAUAUGAUGUGGACUGCCCAAGGAACCUGGCCAAAUCUGUGACAGUGGAGUAACCACAUGUUCGAGUGGCAUUGAAAUGGAGAACAUCUCCCAUCCUAGUGCAAUUAUAAGUGUGUGUGUUUACGUGUGAGAGUAUGCGUCUGUGUGUGCGUUUGUGCGUGUGUGUGUGUGUGUGUAAACUUGUGUGCGUAUUUAUGAAUUACGACCAAAACCCGCUAAAACCAAUGUGACGGUGGUCCGUUAAUGUGCAUCCGAUCACCUUUCUUUCUUUCUUUCUUCAUUUUGUUUUUUUUCUUUCCGUCCCGUAAGUGCCUUAAGUCAAGGGAUCCCUAAACUGUGCCUUAAAACCUCUGUGUGUUCUGGAGAACCUACUGGGAUUUCCAGAGAACCACAGGUAGAAUGUUUACUUCUUUCAUACCAAUGUGCAAUACUUACAAGCUAACGGGACCCUAAAGACCCCAACAGGGUCGAGCUGGUGAAAGAGAGCUGGAAAAGGUUUUUGCUUAGAUUGACGUGAAAGUUUAGCCGUUGAUGACAGCACACAAAUACACUGUAGAGCCACCUGCCAAAAAUGUCUUCUCGUUUUACAAUUGUAUAAAUAUUUGUGCAAAAAAAUAAACCCUUUUUUAAAAGUUGUAUUACAUACUGGAUUAUAUGGGAUCAGAUUCAUUUUACACACUUUUCACAGAGGAAUUCGGAAUACAUUUGGAAUUCAUUCUGAAUUCCGCAAUUCACUUCAUUUUUGUUUACUUUGAAAUAUUUCCAUAAUUUAGGUGAUUUCAUUUAUUUAUGUUGUGUAGAAAUAGAUAACUUAUUUUAUACUUUCUGGGGUGAGCUUGAUCCACAGCUUUCAAUGUCCCUGGUUGGUCUUUUGUAAUUCUUUCUAUAUUCUACUUACAUUAAUGUUUAUAUUCAUAAAUGCCAAUCAGUUUUAUUUUUCUUUACUUU